AUGAAAGUAAACGACCAUAGUUUUACAGCCUUAUCGAUGUUGUCGGAGCAACACGAUAAUGUAUCAAUCGCUUUGUGGCUUAAACGAUGGCUCCAGUGUAAUAUAAAACCUCCAAAAAUAUCUGUAAGUGAUCAGUCAAUAGCAUUAAUGUCAGCCACUGUUCAAGCAUUUACCCAGUAUAAUUCUUUAGAAAAGUAUCUAAAAGCAUGUUUUUCUAUAGUUCACGGAGGAAAAAAUGUUGAAAUUCCAUUGUGUUAUAUACGAAAUGACAUUAAUCAUUUUAUACACCUUGUAACCCAGUGGAAACCGUUAAAACUUUCUAAAUUUAAACGUACGAAACAAUUAUUUGGUAGAGCGAUGGGACUUUUAGUUUAUUGUAGAUCAAUUGAAGACGCAAACCCGAUAUUAGAAGCAAUAUUUGUGAUUGCUUUAAGUAAAUACGAUGGCGCCAUUGUUUCAAACACUAAACGAAUAGUAGCGAAACGGGAUACGCCAUGCGCGAAAAGCAAAAAAUAUCUACAAUCAUUGAUAAGUACAAGUCAGAAUAUAGUUUUGUUUGAUGAUGAAACAGAAGAACAACAUUUCGAGGGAGAUGAUUCAUUGGAAACUGAUUUACAAAAUUUUGAUUUAUCUAAUUCAUUUCGUGACUGGGCAAAAUCAGUUAGUACAAAAUGUGAAGCACAAAUCAGUGGAAUAGAAGGUGAAUUCGACAAUGCUCAGUACACUCCAGACAUUGUUCCACUCAUAAUAAACAUAAUGAAACUUUUCCCUUGUUGGUCAAGCAUAAUGCUAAAUGUAUUUGGAUAUGGUGAGGAUAUAGCUACAAGUAGCAGAAGUGAAUCCAAUUUUAAUAACAUUAAAACUAGAGUCUUCAACAAUGAAAACAUGCCUGUCAGAAUUGAUGACUUUGUUGGUAAAUUGGUCGACUACUAUAGGGGAGAUCAAUUAAUAAUACAAACAACAAACCAUGAAACAACACAAGAAAUUAUUUCGGAAGACAAUAGGUCCUUUACACUAUCUUCUUCAAAUGACAAAUAG